CUUUAGCUCAUCGCUGUGGGGCAGGAAUGAAUGGCGACUCUCGCAGAGAGCGCUGGCGAUCUUCAGGCACAAAUCGAUGAGAUUGAAGCACUUUCUUCUAUUUAUGGUGAUGAAUGGUGUGUGAUUGAUGAGGCGUCACGGAUAUUCUGUAUCAAGAUUUCAGGUGACAUAAAUACGUCCAAAUGGACCAUAUGUCUUCAGAUUAUUCUUCCACAUGACUACCCAAGUGCGGCACCGCCAAUUUACCAGUUAAAUGGAGCAUGGCUGAGAGGACCCGAGAGAGUCGAGCUUUCCAACAGCCUGGAGGAGAUCUAUGUGCAGAACGCUGGAGAGUGCAUCCUUUACCUGUGGGUGGAGAGAAUUAGGGAAUUCCUCUUGGAGAAAUCCCAGUCUUGUGACUCAGAAGGCCCCGAGGCGAGGAAUUGGACAGAGGAGGAGGAUGGGGAGGCGGAGGAGGAAGAGGAGGCUGCAGCAGGGGACCUCUCCGGGGGCUGUGCCCUGAGGCUGGUGAUGGAACAGUUCUGCUUGGAGACCUCUGAAGACGAAGAGCUACCUCCUAUUAAGCACGGAGAGGCAAUCACAGAUCGCCGGAGCACCUUCCAGCCCCAUUUGGCUCCCGUGGUGACUCCACGACAGGUCAAGAUGGUUCUGGACAAACUCUAUGAAAAUAAGAAGAUUGCAAGUGCUACGCACAACAUCUAUGCAUACAGGAUAUUUUGCGAGGACAAGCACACAUUCCUGCAAGACUGUGAGGAUGAUGGAGAGACAGCGGCUGGGGGAAGGCUGCUGCAUCUUUUACAGAUCUUAGAUGUCCGGAACGUGAUGGUUGUUGUGUCCAGGUGGUACGGAGGUAUCCUGCUGGGGCCAGAUCGCUUCAAACACAUCUGCAACUGUGCCCGGAACAUCCUUGUCCAGGAAGGCUAUACUGAGUCUGCGGAUGAGUCAUCCAAAGCCGGAGGGAAGAACAAAAAGCAGAAAAGCAAGAAGGCAAAAUAAGCGACGUUGGUGAAGAACAGGAGUGGAGCUCGACUCUAAAAUAAGUCCAUACGCCGCUUUUGUUGAAAGAAAAAUUUAGGAGAAUGAGCUCAUAAAAUUGUCAGUGCACUGCUUUCACUUUUAUAUCUAUUGAACAUAAUUGGUUAAUCUGUAGGGAUGCAGAUGUAUAUCCUCUAUUAUUCUAAUGUACUUUUUGACAAUGAUACGAAAGCAGCAUUGCUAUGGGGAAGACUAUUUAUGUAAAGGUGUCUCGUGCAGAGAGAAUGUGACUAAUAAAUGUUUUUGGCAUCCAAAUGAAGGUUUUCAUAAUACCCUUUGAAGAGUGCUUCAUUAACCCCUCUUGAGAAGGACAUGUUGAGUUACAGAUCAAGUUCAGUUAGGUUCUUGGAGACUGGGUUUUGGUCAGGGUUCAUUCACAAGAUUAAAAUUUAGCCCAGGUGGAAUUCUGUUUUUAUUUCUUCAGCAAUAAUAUGCUUACUCGAAAGGAAAUUGCCCCAAUUUUCAUAACCAUUCAUAUUCAUUCCUCCUAGAGGAAGGAAUGAAUAAAUAUUCCACAGAGCUUGGGGAGAGGGGAACUGAUUUCUUCUUUGCUAGAUUCCUAACAACAGCAUCCCCUGCCCAGCGAUCUGGGAAAUGGGUAUUCACUCUAGUGAACUAUUAAAUAGGGGUUAUCAGUGUGGAUUCUUAAGCCUAAUAUUCGUGUACUUUUUUAUUUCUUUUUAAUUUUCACCACUGUAGUAAUGAUUGUGCCGCAGUCUCAACACAAUAGGGUAAAAUCAGAAUGAGCAUAAUGGGGUGCAAGAGGCAUAUUUAACCAGGGAGAUCUUCUUUGCCCAUAAAUAUGACAAUUGCAAAUCAAAGACUUUUGGGAUCUUAAGGAAUUUAAUUGUUUAAUUAUUUUUGUUUUGUCUGAGGCUUUGUUUUCAUUCUGUGAUUCUGGUUUAAUUACAGUGUGAGAUUCAUGCAUAUUUCAUUACACAAAGUGCUGUUGAACUUUUUUCUUGUUUGCUUUCUCAUUUUCACUUUUGCAAAUACAUUGCUGCUCUAGCAUUACAUGGGAAUACCUUGGUAUUUGAGAUUAAUCAUUUUCUUUCACCAGCGGGUCACAACAGUGCUGCGAUUUCAAUAACAAUGCAAGUGCAGCAGUGAGCGCACUCAUGUUGGCAUGCUGUGGAGUUGCGGCAGCUGGCGCUCUGAGCCUUGGGUUGGACAGGCGGGCUGCUGGCGCAGGAAGGUCUUCUAGUCACGUCCCCGUCUGUGUUCCCUGGUUUCUACCCUCAGCGUCCCCUGCCUUUUCCAGCACAAUAUUAAAUGGCCUCAACGAAGCCCUAUGACAGCAUGACUCGGAGGUUGAAAUGGUCUCUGUUGGUCUCUGCUAUUUGUUUUUCCCCAUGUAUGGUGAUUACACAGAGCUCUUUAGCUGUAUCAAGGAAGCAUAUUUGAAUAAGCUGCUAGGCAUGUAAUUAGGCUACGAGGGUAGUCAGAAUAUGGCGUCUUAUAUAAAAUUGAGUUUUUAAAUGCAGAGACAUCUAACACCUCCAGGCUGCUGAAGGCUGUUUCUUUGUAAGGCUAGAACUGUGCCAUUGGGUGACUUCAUGGGCUUAGUUUAUGUAUCUAUACCAUUUUUCCCCCAUCAGGAGAGAGCAAAGAAAGAAUCCAAAUUGAACUGUCAAAGCUCUUUUUAUUUCAAUUUCAACAUCUAAAAAUGCCUGAAUAUCAAUGACGAAGCUUCAAUAGCAAUAUUUCUUAGAAGUGCCAAGCUAACAAUUUGUUUUCUUCUAGGAUGCUUGUUUCAGACUUGUGCCUUCACUUCAGCAUCAUUUUCUGGGCUCAUGAUAGGCAGAACACUGUUACAUUUUAAUGUUGCUAUUGUCAGCUUUUUCUUUGUGUACUGUUUCUCGGCAGUGUUUUCUACCUCUGCUGGAUCUUGCACAGGUUGAUGGGAAAUUACACGGGGAUGUCAGUGUCCUUGUUUCAGUUUUAUAAGCAACAAAAUGAUCAUUUGCAUGUUUUGUUUUGGUAGCAUGUGGAACGCAGAUGGUGGCUGGCAGUAACAAGCCAUUCCCAGUGAGGUUUUGGCCAUCAUGU